AUGGCCGAGAACGACCGGUUGGCAGGCUUGGGUAUACAAGAUUUCGCAACGAAAGCUGCUGCCGAUGUCAGCUUUGCCCAGACCGGCCGGAGGCAUCAUCAUGGACGAACCACAAGUGUUGGCUCUCAAAUCUCAACUGGAUCUGGAAGCUUGAAACCCGGACAGCCUUUCACCCACCCCAUGACCAAGACACCCCGACCGUACACUCCACCGCCUGGACGCUCAUACGCUUCAUCCGUCAAUAACGAUGAAGCCAACGAAAGUGAAGAUGUCGUUGAGAAUGAAUUCGGCCUCGGACCAGGCUUCCGAUCCAAGAGAAGCAUGUCCAUCUCUUCUACACCCCAGACGAAUCCGACGCCUCUGUCACAGUCACACACAGCCAGCGACCUGGGUCUUGUGCCUAAACUCACGAGCACUUCCCAGUCAAACCUGUCCAUUCGAUCGAAUCAGUCUGGCAAAUCUGGAAAGUCCAAAUUGGGCCGUCCACGGAGAAACACUGAUCGAUCCGACUAUGUGCCGUCUCCCUCUUCGCGAACGAGUUCCGACAGGCCAUUUGGUUUUGGUCGUCGAUCCGACACGGAGCCACAGUCGCGCGAUCAACGCAUACUAGAAGCUCGUCGCAAGUUCGAAGAGAAGGAAGCCGAUAAAGACAGGAAAGCCCAGAAGGAGGCUGCGAAGAGGAGGGAGACGGAAGCGUCUAAGUCGGCCAAGAAGCAGCGCAAGCAGUCUGAUGCGCAGGACAAGCCGAAUGCCAUGGCCUCAUUGAGGCAGUUGGUGCCGGAUAAGCCGCGCAAGUCAUCGAGCGCGACGGCAACGGGUGGUGCUGAGCAGGAGAAAGUCUUUGCACGCAGUUAUGAGGACUGCAGACCUGCUCACGCUGCCAGCCUUCCGAGGUAUGGAACUACGCCUGGUCAGAGCGAGAAAGCCGGACAAGUACAAUUUCAUAGUGCCCGCGCGUCGCAUGACCACGGCAGCGAUGGUGGCUGGACGCGCUUCAGCACGUGGAUACAAACACGCAUGCUCAGCUGCGGUGGUAGCAGAGCAUGAUGCGGCCGGUUUCGAAGCUCGAGUCAUGUCAGGAACAUCACAUCCACAGCAACAGCAUUUUUUGGGUUUCUUGGAGAGGCGGAUUUGUUCAUCACAUCUCAUGAGCGUUGGGCGCUUUGGUUUUUUUGGAUACCCGCACGGUUUGUGCAUUGGCUUCGGAGUUUUGUUGGAUACCUCAAUGCUCGCUCAAGUGCUGUUGCGAGAUGAUCUAUGAUUGAUGAUAUAUGAUGUUAGUUUUUUGUGCAGAUAGUGAAAUUACCGUGUGCACCUC